CUCCGCUUUGUACAAGAUCCACUGCAGACCACCACACUUGUCGCUUGUGACAUGCCUGCUCCUACUGAAUUCAUAAAGUACGUCGACGCUCACAAGGACGCCUUUAUCGCCCGUCUGGGUGAGGCCGUCGCCAUCCCCUCAGUGUCCGGCGACCCCUCACAUCGGCAAGAUGUGAUCAACAUGGCGGGGUUUAUCAAGCGCCUGCUUGAGCCGCUUGGUGUCAAGGUGGAGCUGAAGGAUAUUGGGAUGGAGAAACAGACGGAUGGGAGUGAGCUUCCUCUCCCACCGGUGGUCUUUGGAGUCUUGGGUGAUAACCCGAACAAGAAGACUAUCUUGCUCUAUGCGCACUACGACGUGCAGCCCGCGCUUGUCACAGACGGCUGGAACACAGAUCCUUUCACUCUAUCUCCGGAUAACGAGGGCCGUCUAUUUGGCCGCGGGUCGACAGACGACAAAGGCCCGCUUAUCGCUUGGAUCAACAUCAUAGAGGCUCAUGUCAAGCUGGGUCUUGAGCUGCCUGUGAACCUUAGGUUCUGCUUCGAGGGCAUGGAAGAGAGUGGGUCUGAGGGACUGGACGAUCUGAUCAUCAGGGAGAAGAACGGGUUCUUUGAGAGCUGCGACUGUGUCUGUAUUUGUGAUAACUACUGGAUGAAUGACCGGACGCCGUGCCUGACCUACGGCGUCCGGGGAAUGUCCUACUACCGGCUUGUCGUCUCUGGCCCUGCUCGGGAUCUGCACUCUGGAUUGUUCGGUAACACCGUGCACGAACCGAUGACGGACCUGAUCCUCCUCAUGAGUAAGCUCGUUACUCCCAAUGGGGAGAUCUUGAUUCCUGGUCUGGACAAACUGGUUGCCCCGCUGACGGAUACCGAGAGGAAGCGCUAUGAGACUUUGGACUUUGCCCUGACGGAUAUCGAGGACCAGGUCGGGGCGAAGAUUGUCCUCUCGGACGAUAAGGCACGCGUGCUGAUGGGCCGUAUGCGCAACCCAUCCUUGUCUCUGCAUGGUAUCGAGGGCGCGUUUUACGGUCCUGGGGCGAAGACUGUUAUCCCUGCUAAGGUCCAAGGCAAAUUCUCGAUCCGAUUGGUGCCAAAUAUGACACCUGAGAACGUCGAUCCCCUCGUAGUCAAGUACCUACACGACGAAUUUGCCAAGCUCAAGUCAAAGAACACUCUCAAGGUCGAGAACAUUCACGGCGGGAAGCCUUGGAUGGCUGAUCCCGACCACUGGAAUUAUCGUGCGGCCAUCAAGGCGACCGAGAAAGUGUACAAGAAGAAGCCGGAUUUGACACGCGAGGGUGGCUCUAUCCCUGUCACGCUGACCUUUGCCGACGUUCUCGGAUUGAACGUCCUUCUUCUGCCUAUGGGACGCGGCGAUGACGGCGCGCAUUCGACAAAUGAGAAGCUUGAUACGUACAACUACAUUGAAGGAACCAAGCUGCUCGGUACAUAUCUGCACGAGAUCGCGGUUACUAACUAAGUAUUGUAGAACAUGUAUUUGGGGUUGCUGAGGAUGUUGUACGAGAAUCAA